AUGUCUGCCGCUUCUCCGCCCUCCGCCUCCCCUCCGAACGCCCUAACGCACUCCCUCUCUCCCGGCUCGACUCGCUCGCCUACGAAGCCGACGAAGCGAACGCGCGAGGGACGUGUUGCACAUGCAAGUGUGCACACCAGGUGGGAGGUACCGGUCGUGGACGAGUCAGGGGAGACGUUGAUCGUCGAGUACAGCGUCGCAUGGGGACCGGACGUGGCGGUUAUGGUCAACGUCAAGAAGGGGUACUGCAGAGAGUCCCAGGGCUGCGCCUUGAAGACUCUGUUCGAAGGCCUACACGACGAGCUCAUUCGCGAGCUAGAAGGCGGCGAGAUCGGACCAGAAGACGUGUUCGACGAGGAGGAGGUGCCGCUAGCCUUGCGACUCGGUACGACGGGCGAGGCAGGCCCCAAUGCGCAGCGGCCGAAGAAGCGUCUUAGGACCACCGCUCCACCCAGCCAUGCCUCCGCCCUCUCCUCUCCACCCUCCAUCGCUCCGCCUCCCUCGACUCAGGUCCUCGAGUCUGCGAUGGACGUCGACUGA